AUGCGUAUCAAUCACCCAGCAAAAUCAUUAUUACUAUCGUGUUGCCUGGUCCUAUCUACCGUGCUGUCUGAUCGAACGGGCACCACCACCAUUCAGGUCGUAGACUUGGACAGCAGGGUGCAGGCGACGGGAGGGUCAGCCCUCUCUACGGCGAAAGAGCUGCUGCAGCAGAGACACGCCACUCGGAACGUGGAGGCGGCGUCACAGGUUAUCCGCCAGUGCGACGGUGUGGUGAACAUGGUCAUGGAGGCCUUCGUGCACAUCCACGAGGAGCGCUACUACUCCGCCCUCAACACGGUGGACCAGAUCAACCAGCGCCUGGACGCCUUGGACAGCGUAAAGUUCGCCUCCCAGCUCAGGAGGUGGAUGCCGUCUCUGACGGAGAUGAUCAACAAGGCCACCAAGGAAGAGAUGUCGCAGUGGCUGGUUGACAUUCGAGAAGUCUCGUACAAGAUGGGCGGUGCGGCCAUGAGACGGUAUACUAAGAUCCAGGGAGCGUCCACAGAGAGCGGGACUGGGCUGGAAGGGGAUGGCGGCGGGAUGCGCAGCCAGGCCAUGAUGACGCACAGCGUUCGCUUUUUGCUGCGCCUGGGCGACCUGAUGGGGUGCGGGCUGAGGCUCAACAACGACGAGCUGGAGGAGUGCGUGCCGGAGCUUUUGCGGGGUCGAUCGGAAGAUAAGGAGAAGGAGGAGAAAGCGCUCGACCGGCUGAGCGAUCACCUGCACCCGGUGCACCGAGCGCUGCACAUCUUCGCGCGCCUGGGCAUGCUGGCCGACUUCAAGACCUGGUACCUCGAGUGCCGAAGGCCCAUGGCCGAGAUGCGGUCGAUGAUCACGAGAGAUAUCGACAACCUGGACACGGACGCGUUCUUGACGUACCUGCCCACCCUGGCCAACGGAAUCGGCGGGUUCUUCAUCGUCGAGCAGACGUUGCUACAACAGGUGGACCACCGAGAAGGGCUGCUAACGCUAGCGCAGCUGGAGGAGUCGUGGAUGCAGUCGCAGCUCAGCCUCAGCGGCCUGAUCCAGCAGCACAUGACCAGGCUCAGCCGACCGGGACACUUCUUCCAGGUUAAGGAAACGGUGCUGGCGCUCGUUUCCAUCAUGCACGACCUCAAGAUGGACACCCACGUCCUCAUGAACCUCGUCCGGGCCCUCAAGGACCCCUUCCGAAAGCUAGUCCUCACGGAGUUCGAGGCGGACAUCCGCCGCAUCGUGCAGGAGGAGACUUACCAGCCGCUCGACGUUGAGACCCGCGAAGACUUCGAAACGCUGAUCGCUCCGAUGGGACUGGACCAGACGGACCACACUGGGCCGCAGGAGGUGCCGGACAACGGAGACCCCUCGCGGUUCAUGGAUGUGAUAGACGACUCGUUCUACUUCGGGGUGGAGGAGGACGAGGGGGGGGCCCACGGACCCGAUAGCUUUCCCGUGACGUACCCCUUUUCCGCCACGGUGCCCCACAUAGGCCUGGCCCUGCUCAAGAUGUCGGCCCUUGUCGUGACCUUCCUGGCCAACCUGGACGUGCCCAACGCCAGCUCGCUGGUGUUCAAGUCCGUCCACAGGGGCACCUUGGUGGUGCAGACCCUGAUGGUGGAGCAGCUUCGCGACGCCGAGGCAGACAUGCACAUCCUCAAGGCCAGCCAGAUCUCGGUCAACAGCGCGUACCUGGCGAAGCUCCCCCUGUUCUUGGCUUCUGCCCUCGGAGACGUUCUCGUGGGAAUACAGUUCGCCGACUUCGCGUGGAAGGGCAAGGGAGUGAAGGCGGACGGGACCGGAAAGGAGAUGAUAGGCACCGCGGGAAAGGUGUUGGAAGACAUCAGCGAUCGCUCGCGCGACCUGAUCUUCGAGCUGGUCCGCAGCAAGGCGGACGACUUGCUGGCCGGCAUGGAGUUCGUGAAUAUGGAGCCGACGUCGAUGCGAAGGCAGGCGCACUCCUACGCCGACGACCUCAUCAACUAUCUCAGGGUUACGUUCAUGAACCUGGCGACCCUGCCGGCGAGCAUCCGGGAGGCGGUCCACUUCACGUGCAUGACGCACGUCUGCAACGCGAUCCUGGAGCACAUCACCGGCGCCGACGUGAGAACCGUGAACGUGCUUGGAAUCCACAACGUGAACCUGGACAUCGCGGCGUUGACGGACUUCGCAGACGAGAGCGGCAUCGGCACCCUUCGAGAGUGCUUUGCGAAGCUGUUGCAGCUCGUGGACAUCGUGCUCACAAACAACAUCGACAUCGCGACCGAUCCGGCUCGAAUGGCCUUGGCCUACCCUCGGCUGGACGUGCGACAUCUCGCGUCCCUGCUGGGCAAGUACCGAGAUCUGAGCAUCGCGGCCAAGAUCCGGAGCACUGUAGGCGACGAGGUUCCCCAGAUCGACCCUGCUAGGGUAACGGCCAUCCUCAAACGAUUAAAGCAGCUGGGGUGAUGGUGGGCUUUCUUAACAGCGGUGGAUAGAUACACCACAAGGGGGAGAGAUUUUAACGUGUGUUCAAUCAUUUUGUGUGUAUGCCUUGCGUGUGGUUUUAGGUCUCGUGGAUUUGAGUAUCAGUUUUACAAUUGUUACGCAGUACGGGGCAAGCCGUCGUACGAUAUGCUCUCGUGUUGGAGUUCGAGUUGCGGUAGAAGAGACAAACGAUGCUUACAUCGCGGGCUCAGCCGAGUGGCUACGUUAGGAGAAAAAACUGCUGUGAUGCUCGAACAAAACGGUGCCUUAUUUUGUGUAGCAUGGUAGAAAACUGUUGAGAAACAGCUGUCUCUGCAUUUUAGAAUCUUGGGGCGCUUUUUGAUUGGUCGACUUGUCCACUUUCCCCCCCUUGCGUCCGUAAUUUUUUUCGGUCUGAGCAUCUGCUUUUUAGGGUAAAGCUUUGGCGGUAACAUGUUCUGGCCGCAACGUCAACAAGGACAGAGCAGCGACAGCGCUUAGCGUUGUGUUGGAAUCGAGAAGCAGCGGUCGCAGGUCCACGGGUACGUGUUGUUUUGUGUGGAAGUGAAAGAGAUAGGUUCUGUUAGACCGUUGGUCAGCGCAAAGCUUGCUUCGGGUCGCCUUUCAUGUACAUUGACUCUGCAAGCAGUCGAGCACCGUGUGUGUGAGUAAGAGUGGCACUUCUGGUAUCGUUCCUAUCUUAUACAAUACCUGUCGUGUGUACAGUUGUCGGUGAUGUGUAUUUCUAGAUUGUUUUUUUUGUGUAUUUCUGCCGCUUCGACUUAGGCAUGGCCGGUUGGCUAGAAAGGCAUGGCGGUAACCCCGUUUGUUUGCGACUGCCGGCUCUGUCAGCGAUCUGUGUCUGCUGUACGGCGAAGAAUACUAAUUUGCUGUGUGGGGAUUGAUUUGGAGCAGGGAUUGCGAGGGACACGGCAACACGAUAAACGCGCGUUGGAGGAAUGUACUAGUUGUGGUCGGUUCAUCCAACCAAUGCACGAGUAGGAGAGGAGGCACACACUGGAUGGUGGUCGUCAGAGCGAGUUUUCUUGACGUAAAAGACAUCGUUGGUGGGUGGCCCUCAGAGAGAGGUGAAAGAUCACUUCUUCAGUGUAAAUGGUCGGAGAGCGGUUUGCUUCGACACGUAGUACAUGUACACGCCGCGUGGCAGGAAAAAGGAUUUCGGGGUCAAUUCUGUGUAGUUUGCUCGUGAGAGACUUCAUGCCGCGGACACAAGCAAAAAGCCGACGACGUCGAUCGCGCAUGCAUGUGCUUCGAAACAUGGUCCUGUACACGCGUGUGGCAAGAAAAAAUGAUUUUGGAAAGGC